GUGGAGCGGUGUCUCUUAGGACCCGGGUUGAGGUAAGAUGGCGGGCUCGCGGUGAGUCGCGGUCAAGAAGCAGAUUUUAAAAGCAGUUUCUCUUCAAAUCAUCUUUCAUACCACCUGAUAAGCAUCUUGAUUCACCAUGGCAUUGGCAGCAGUAAAAUGGGCUAUAUCAAGCAGAACUAUCUUGAAACAUUUAUUUCCAAUUCAAAAUGGAGCCUUAUAUUGUGUUUGUCAUAAAACUACGUAUUCUUCUCUUCCAGAUGACUAUAAUUGCAAAGUAGAGCUUGCAUUGACGUCUGAUGGCAGGACAAUAGUAUGCUAUCACCCUUCUGUGGACAUUCCGUAUGAACACACAAAAUCUAGGAGAUCACUCCUGUCAGUUCACACUAAUCACUCUACUGCCACCACACUGGCCUCCAUGCUGUUCUUUAAGCCUAUCCCUCGGCCAGAUCCUGUGCAGAAUAAUGAAGAAACACAUGAUCUAGUGCUGAAAACCAGAUUAGAAGCAAAAGGUGAACACUUAGAGCAAGGACCCAUGAUAGAACAACUUAGCAAAAUGUUCUUUACUACUAAGCACCGUUGGUAUCCUCAUGGACACUUAUCCUUCAGAUCUAAACUCCAGCAACAGCUGCCCACCUUCCCCAUUAAGGUGAAGGGUUGGAAAUAUUUCUGCCUCAUCAAACAGCCUCAAUUCCAGAGAGACACCCAGACAGAACAUCUGCCAUUGGUUGAUGUCAUCACUGCCACCUAAAAGAACAAUUUUCUACAGUGAUGGAGGUUCUGUGAUGUCAUUGGGAUUACAAAAGCUGGCAAGGAAAUCUGCUAUCAGCACUUAUCACCAGAAAUUGCAAAAGAAAUUAAUUGUAAGCUUUCUAAGAAAGGACUGUUCAGUGAAACUAAACAUUUUUUUUUUCUUAAUUUAUUAUACAGCAAGUCUUUCCUCUUUCUACAGAGAGAAUGCCCUACAACUUCAGGAGACUAAAUAAACA